CGUUGUCAGACGCGGUUGCGAUAGGGUGGUUAUUGCUGCGCUCGCGAUUUUCCCGGUCGCGGCCCGGCGCCGACAUGGUGCGUAGCCUGGCUCAGUGGACCAAGACGCUCAGCUUCCCCGCGCGGCUGUCUCCCAACAAGCAAGCGACGACGACCACGCAGACACAGACGCCGCCCCCGCUGGACCUGCAAAUCUACCCGGACCCUGACUCCGAGAAGGCCAUCAUGGGCUCGCUGGUGUACUGCAUCCACCACAAGCAAGGCUGCAAGUGGAUGGACGAGCUCCGCAAGCUGAAGGCGCACCUGAACACGUGCCGGCACGACGCGGUGCCCUGCACGAGCCAGUGCGGCGCUCAGAUCCCGCGCGUCCUGAUGGAGGACCACCUGCGCUACACGUGUCCGCAGCGGCGCGUGCACUGCCAGUUCUGCGGCAACGACUUCACCGGCGUCACGCACGAGGUGCAUGCAGGCAGCUGUGGCUACGAACCAGUGUACUGUGAGAACAAGUGUGGUACAAAGGUGCAACGCAGGCAGCUAAGCCAACAUAAGGCGGCAGACUGCACCAAACGGUUGGUGCCUUGCUGCUAUUGCACUAAGGAGUUUGUGGCCGACACACUAGCUGCACAUCAGGCAAAAUGUGGACGUGUUCCAAUUCCCUGCCCCAAUCGGUGCGGGGCGCCGCAUCCUGCCCGCGAGGAUCUGGAGGCCCACUUGAGGGACAAGUGCAGCUCCUUGUCAAUUGCUUGUGCUUUUAAAGAGGCAGGAUGCCGUUUCAAGGGUACCAGAUAUGCACUGGAAAAACAUCUGGAUGAAAGCACAAAGCAGCACCUUGCUCUCAUGUGCAAUAUUGCAACGAAACAGCAACAUCAAAUUGCAAGUCUUAAGAAUGCAGUGUCUAGAUUGUCUCUGAAUUAUUCAGGUACUCUUAUUUGGAAAAUCACAGAUUAUACUUUGAAAAUGGCUGAAGCAAAUACCAAAGAUGGAAUGGAAUUAGUCAGCCCUCCAUUUUAUACUAGUCAGUAUGGAUACAAAUUGCAGGCAUCGCUGUUCCUGAAUGGUAAUGGUGCUGGUCAGGGUUCUCACUUGUCACUGUACAUAAAAAUUUUACCAGGAGAAUAUGAUGCGCUCUUGCGGUGGCCUUUUUCUCAUUCUGUUUCCUUCACGCUCUUUGACCAGGCACCUGUGCCAGAAAUGGCUUGCAACAUUGUGGAAAGCUUCAUUCCAGACCCAACAUGGAAAAAUUUCCAAAGACCAAGUAAGGAGCCAGACUCACUAGGUUUCGGUUUUCCUCGAUUUGUUUCACACGAGAUGCUCAAGAAACGACAUUUUGUCAAGGAUGAUACAAUGUUCAUAAGAGUUAAAGUGGACCCAAGUAAGAUUGUGGCAGUGUAGAAAGACAUCACGCUGUGUCAACAGGCUCAGUGUGCGCUAUUUUCAGGACAACAAUCUGUGAGGACAUUCGUGUCAUGGACAUCUGAAGCGUGUGGUGCAUUGGCACUAUUUGUGAUCAAAAUGUUAGUAAUUACCUAUUGUAGAUAAGUUUAUGCCUGUGUCUUUCUUUGAUAUUUCUCUACAUGUAAAUAUGUACAGCCUCCCUGUUAGUUGUAUAUUUGUGAUAAAUCCUCUGUUCGGAAUAAUGAGUGAUAAAAAUAGUCAUACUGUGUAUAGGUAUCAGUUAUAUGGUAGCCAUUAAGCAGUAAUGAAAAAAACACUGUAGUAGUUUCAAACUAUUUGUUUCACUGUACAUAUGAUCAUAAAGCACAACUCCAGUUUCGUACUAAUUUACAACAACAGUUUGUAGACAAAGGAUGUUUGAUUUGAAUAGUUUCAUAUUUCAUAAAAAAAACUGCCUCUCCAUUAAACAGUUUCUCAGGGAAUGAGUAGUGUGAACAAAUAGUUAUGCAACUGUAAAGUGUUAAAGUCAUAUUUUUAUGCAGAAUCUUUAUGUUAAAAGAUCAGUUAAAUGGUGAGUUGUAAAUAAAUUAGAAUACAAUGAGAGAUAAAAGUUCUCCAAAAAAAGUUUAUUUAAUAACAACAAGUGUGAAAAAUGAAAGCAUAAAAUACUACAUUGUUCUUUAAUAUACAAUGCACAUGUUUUACUUUUUAGUGCUGACUGACAAAGGUAAAAGAAUUGUAAAACUCUAUACUGAAGAAAACCACAGAUAUAUUGUUCUUAACAGCAAGGUAAUUUUGUAAGCUGAAAGUCAAUUUCAUCUAGUGAGUAUUAACCAGAUACUGAUAUAAGGGUUUGUAGCCAAAGAUAAUGCACAUUUUUUAUGGUACAUUGUGCAGUCAUAGAAAUAUGUGGUAGUUAGAAUCUCAGGAGAUGGUGUCAUUCAUCAUUCCUGUCAUCAAAGCUGGAGACAAACCAAAGGACCUGUAGUUGAUUCUGUAUGCAAAUUCAUGCAUGAAUUCAAUAUGUGAGACAGUUAUAAUGUAUCUUUUUUUAUGAUGAUUAAACUUUACUGCAAGUAUCUUUUGCUUAAUAAAGAUGUUGCUCCGAAA